AGGUCGAGUCGCACAGUGACGCGUCGAGAGGAACCACUACUAGACCUUUAAGUAGACCUGUGGACUGCCGGUCACGUGGUGCAGCAGAGCACUCCAACCUGCAGACACUUCCCCGCUAGCUGUCCGGUCCUGCGGUCGGAAAGGAUGGCAGAAUCCCCGUUGUCAUGUGACUGUUUUGUAUCCCUGCCUCCGGGUUCUCGCGAUGAUCAUGUGAUCUUCGGGAAGAACUCGGACCGUCCACGGGAUGAGGUGCAGGAGGUGGUCUUCUACCCUGCGGCCGCGCACCCACCCGGGUCCUCGGUGGAGUGCACAUACAUUCAGAUCCCCCAGGCAGAGCACACCCACGCGGUGGUCCUGAGCCGACCGGCCUGGCUCUGGGGGGCUGAGAUGGGGGCCAACGACCAGGGUGUGUGUGUGGGGAACGAGGCCGUCUGGACCCGCGAGCCGGUCUCCGACGGAGAGGCCCUGCUGGGCAUGGACCUGGUCCGGUUGGGGCUGGAGCGAGGUGCCAGCGCCUGGGCAGCGCUGGAGGUGAUCACUGGGCUCCUGGAGGAUCACGGGCAGGGGGGCCCCUGCAGGGAGGCCCAGGAGCCCUUCAGCUACCACAACACCUUCCUGCUGGUGGACCGCACCGAGGCCUGGGUCCUGGAGACCGCCGGCCGGCUGUGGGUCGCCCAGAAGGUCACAGCGGGGGUGAAGAACAUCUCCAACCAGCUGACCAUCGGUACGGAGAUCUCGGCCGAGCACCCUGAGCUUCGCAGCGUGGCCCGGUCCCAGGGCUGGUGGGAUGGGGAGGGGGAGUUCAACUUCUCCCAGGUGUUCAGUCCGGAGAACCCCCCCGCCCGGAUGGAACUGGCCAAGCAACGAUACAGAGGAGGCACGGCCCUGAUGCAGCAACACGACGGGUCGGUGACGGCUGAGGUGAUGAUGUCCAUCCUCAGAGACAAGCCCAGCGGCAUCUGCAUGGACUCUGGGGGCUUCUGCACCACGGGCAGCAUGGUGUCUGUCCUGCCCCGCGACCCCGGCCUGCCCUGCAUUCACUUCUUCACUGCAACCCCCGAUCCCUCCAGGUCCAUCUUCAAGCCCUUUGUGUUCUCCGAGCGCGUCGGCCCGAUGCAGCGCGUGGCCUCGCCGCAGUACGGCCCCGACGACCCCGCCAGGAGGCAGCCCCGCUUCCAGAGCCAGGUGGACCGGCGGCACGACCUCUACAAGGCCCACCAGGGCGCCCUCUCCAACAUGGACGCCAGCCAGAAUGAGGGGUUGGCCGUCUACGAGAUCCUCCGGGACCUGGAGUCCCAGUGUCUGGUUGACAUCCUGGCCAUGCUGAGCGGAGAGCUGCCUGGAGAGGAGCUGGGGGAUCUGUUCUUCGACUGUGUCGACGCAGAGAUUAAGUUCUACCAAUAAGAAGCGCCAAGGCGGUACAGAGAAGGAGUCGUGCCCUUAUAGGGUCAGAGGUCAUCGCCAGGGCUUCCCUCCUAAAGACGUAACCGGCGGAGACGGCUCCGUCUGCGACAUCUUCCCUGCUACGUUUUCCGGUUCAUUGAUGCCGACAUCCAAAAAAACAUCGGAGAGCAUCGAGUAUAGUUGUGGGAGGUUCCCAGAUAUUUUAAAAGAUAUUUUAACACAUCGUCUUCAUAAAUCCAAACAGUAGCUUUUAGGGAUGCACAGAUUGAGUGAUUGACAUGCUUGAUCCGAAUAUAAUCCCGGUUGUAGGUGUUCCCAGAACCGCCUUUUUCAAUAUCCAAGGCCUGUAAUAUGCAGGUCUUUUGCAGGCAGGUUGUUUAAAAUCAGCUUUUAAAUUCUAAAUACUAAAGUUUUCUGUUUGAUAAUUUUGCCUAAAUAAAGAAAGCCUGCUAGAAGUCCCCAUCGAUGUGUGUGCAUGCUCAAAAGGUUGGCAAGAAGUAUGCCCAAUCCUCUGGACACGGUUUUCCGCAAAUCUGCUUCAUACGAAAUUCAAUGACAAAAAAGUACUUUACCGCUGGACACACGAUGCAGAAACACAGCUUCAACUUGCUCUUGCAUCUCAACUGAUAAUAUAAAAGCAUAAUAUUAGCCUGAUAUGCAUACAGUUUGCCCAUUUCAUUACCUUUGUUUCACAUUCUGGUGAAGCCUCAGUUUAGAUUAAUAGUAGUGAUUAACCCAGUUUAUCUUAGGGGAAAUGAUCAGUACAAGGCGCAGGUGAAACUACCUUAACUGCGCAUCCCUAUUGGAUGUACGCUCAACUGGCUGUUAGACUCAGACAUAUAAUUCAGCUGUAAGUCACCAUGAAACCCUACAAGAUGACAUUGCUCUCUGUUGCAGCGCCCUCCAGUGGAGAGUCCUAGUGCUUGCUGAUCCCCAGGAGCUGGCCCAGGGAAUAUUACAGUUUGAUCUGCUUCCGUUUGGCUUACUCUAAACACCUCUCUGACGUGAUUCCACCUCCCCGAGCAGACAUAAUAACUACACUUCACUUACCAUGCGUUUGGGCUGUCACCGCUUUCCAACCAAGGGGGUAAUGAUGAGUGAACUUCGUUAGUGAGUAUAAUGAUGUAGGCUAAUGCACAGCCAUGUUUAUGUGGUAAAGGUACCUGACUUUGCACAAAUUGUUGAUUCAAGUACAGCAUUUGUUUGAUGUUGUUCGUUACCGUGAGUGACUAGGGCGUCUCAUGGUGGCAGUCUUGAUAUGUAAAGAUCCAAUAAAGAAUGUGUACUGUC